AGGCUCCUGGGACGAAGGAGAAACUUGUCGGACAUCAAACAUGAGCUCAGCGUGGAGGAGAGAGACUUUUCUACCUGCUUCAGUAACUUUGGUCUUGUAAGAUGUUUGUUUUCGGAGUGUUUCGAGGCUCAAUGUCGGCGGAGAAAACACAAAGUGGAGCCGCUUUUCGAGGCGGCAGCAGAGCAGCGGGCUGCGUUGUCUCUUCACGGUUCUCAUGUGUGUUAUAAGUCCCGCCUCCCGCUCUGAGCUCCACAAGUUCCGAGGAACGAAACAGCCCGACAGACAUGGCAGAGGAAGCUCCAGCAGCCGCGCCGGCUAAGGCUCCGGCCAAAGCCCCGAAGAAGAAGUCCGCUCCCCGGGCCAAGCAGGACGGACCCAGCCUCCCGAAACUCAUCGUGGCCGCCGUGGCCGAGUCCAAGGAGCGCAAGGGGAUGUCCCUGGCGGCCCUCAAGAAGGUGCUGGCCGGGAAAGGAGUGGACGUGAGCAAGGCCAACAAGCGCAUCAACACCGCCGUCACCAAGCUGGUCACCAAAGGGACCCUGAGCCAGACUAAGGGCACGGGGGCCUCCGGCUCCUUCAAGCUCGCCAAGGAGCCCAAAGCCGCUAAACCGGAAAAGAAGGUGGUGAAGAAGAAGGCUCCCGUCAAGGCCAAGAAGCCCGCCGCCAAGAAGAGCGCAGCGGCCAAAAAACCCGCCGCCAAGAAACCCGCAGCGGCGGCAGCAGCAGCCAAGAAGUCCCCGAAGAAGGCUCCGGCCAAGAAAGCGGCCAAGAAGCCCGCCAAGAGCCCCAAGAAGGCCGCGGCCAAGAAACCCAAGGCCGCCGCCGUCAAGAAGCCCAAGGCCGCAGCCAAGAAAAGUCCAGCAAAGAAACCUGCAGCCAAGAAGGCCGCAGCGAAGAAGGCCAAGAAAUAAACAGCAGCUUCAGCUUUUUACUCACCAAAGGCUCUUUUAAGAGCCAACA